UUCAAGAUGGCCGCCUGCUGCUAACAUUUUUGCACGAUUCUCUCACUUUCUUGCCCUCUAUACUCCUUUUUUCGCCUUCUUUGCUGCAUCCCUGUAGUUCUGAGAUGAGCUGACAAACGGACAAUGCCGAGGCCUAUCAGAAGUAGAAGUGUCCGUGGGGCCACCCCAGACAACGUCGCAGUGACUGCCAAGAUAGUUGACCUGGAGAAGAGAAGAGGCAUCACCAACUACUAUGUGUAUGUGACUGAGGUGACCCUGAACAACGGCAGUUCGUAUAAGAUCUUCCGCCGGUACAGCCAGUUCGACGCCCUGCAGAGCGAUCUGCUGGCCAGGUUCCCCAUCGAAGCUGGAGACAUCGAUGAGAAGGACAGGGUCCUGCCUUCCCUGCCUGGUACUGGGGCUUGUUAA